AUGAACGACACUCUGCAGACCUCACUCCGGAGCGGCUUCAAUGCCAGCAACGACACAACAAUCAUCGGCACAACAAUCAUCGACACAACAAUCGUGCAAUCCGCAGGAGACGGCGGUGAAGAAGCCUUAAGGAUAACUCGUCUGGUCUGUGUCGGGUUUAUCGGCCUUGGCCUGAGCAUCAUAGGAGUUCCCAGCAAUGCAGUCACGUGCCUUGUGUUCGCGCGACAACGGUUGCGAGAGCGCAUGAACCUCUGCCUCUUCUGUCUGGCCUUGGUCGACCUCGGGCUCAUGACUCUAAGUCUCGGCUACAGUUUCGUGGCCAUGCUGAGUUACUUAGAAGUGUUGGGAUUUGACGAGGAGCACUACUAUAAGGCUGUUCUGUACGCUCUCAGCUCCAUCUACGCUCUGCGCGCCACAUCCGGGUGCUACAACGUCGUCAUCGCUGUCGAGCGCUGCAUCUGCGUCAUGUUGCCGCUGCACGCGGCCGCCCUCAUCCGCACCAGAAGCAUGGGCGUGCUGCUGGCCAUCUUGCCGCUGCUGCUUCAGGCCGGCUUCCUCACCCUCCCGCUCAAAUUUCAGCUUGUCCAAACUGAAAUCAUGGGUACAGUCCAGUGGCGACUGCUUCCUUCACGACUGUGGCUCAAAAACCAGUUUAUAUUCGAUUUUAUUUUGUACACCGUCCUCAGUACGACUUUACCCCUCGUAACCUUUUUGAUCAUUUCUGUGGCUACUUUAAUUACCGUUAUCAAGCUGAAAGUAUCUAUAAAAUGGAGAAAGAAUCAGACCUCUACUAGUCAGGACGCCAAUCGACACCAGACGGCGCUGACAAAGGUCCUUGUUGUCGUGUCUUUGGUGUACAUCAUUACCAUGCUUCCCUUUGUAGGAUACAUCGCUGGAUAUUUGUUCGAGGAUCAGUUUUCUACCUUCGGUCGUUACGCAUAUCUCUACAUGACCUUUAGCUCCGUCGUCAAUGUUUUCCCCGUCGUCAACUGCUCCUUCACUUUCUUCAUCUACUACAGUCGUUCCACCCGCUUCAGGGAAGAUCUGAGUGCUUUGUUGAGAGGUCAAAAGAAGCUGAAGCCAACCCAACUAUCUCAAAAAACUGUUAGUGUCCGCAAGAAAACUUCAUUAUGA